AUUUCUUCUUUAAGUAUGGAAGUGAGAGGCCAAGAACAUGAGUUUAAACCGACAGGGUCUUCUCCCUUUGGUCAUCAACGAGAUGGGAAUCAUAAUGGUACGGCUGCUCUUACUUGCACUCAAACCCUAGACCAUGUUCAUCGUAUCCAGAGACAGCAAUCAAUCGUUCAAGGUAGAUCUCCGCACUCGGAUCCAGUGGCUACCGCCACUAGUGCAGCUGUUGCACCCAUUUCGGUAAGCUCAAACACAAAGCCUUCCAGCCUCAUCAGAUAUCGAGAGUGUCUCAAGAACCACGCGGCCAACAUCGGAGGGAACGUUUACGAUGGCUGCGGCGAGUUCAUGCCUAGUGGUGAAGAAGGAACCCUGGAGGCCUUGAAAUGUGCUGCCUGUGACUGUCACCGCAACUUCCAUCGCAAGGAGGUUGAUGGAGAGACCCAAUUCUGGGCUACUCCCACCCGAAGUUUAAUGCUUCACCCACUUCAGUUGCCACCCCCAACCGUGAUGCACCCUCAUCAAAAUUAUUCAAUCCAUACAAGUCCAUCAAGCGCACUGGUUGCGUCGAUGAACAAUAUGGCGUUUGGAAGCGGCGGCGGAGGGAACGAAUCUUCAAGCGAGGAUCUUCACGUGUUCCAAUCCAACGCUGAGGGAACGCAGCCGCCACCCUCUUGCGUAUUGUCAAAGAAGAGAUUCCGCACAAAAUUUACGCAGGAGCAGAAGGAUAAGAUGUUGGAGUUAGCCGAGAAAGUGGGUUGGAGGAUCAACAAGCAAGACGAAGAGUUAGUGCAAAACUUUUGUGCCGAGUACGGGGUGAAAAGACAGGUUUUCAAGGUUUGGAUGCAUAAUAACAAGAACGUGAAGAAGCAACCACCUGAGUAAGAGCUCUUCUUGUAUGAUUCUUC